AUGGCGAUCGAGCGGCGCCUGGACACGGUUCGGUCAAUAUGCCACCACUCCCACAAGCGCCUGGCAGCAUGCUUCCAGGGCCACGGCCCCGACGUGGAGAAGAGAUACAAAAAACUCCCUCUGACCGCUCUUGCUCAGAACAUGCAAGAAGCAUCGACUCAGCUGGAAGACUCCCUGCUGGGGAAGAUUCUGGAGACGUGUGGCAAUGCUGAGAACCAGCUGGCUCUAGAACUUUCUCAGCACGAGGUCUUUGUUGAGGGAGAGAUUGUGGAUCCUCUCUGCAGCAUCGCAGAGUUGGAGAUUCCCAACAUCCAAAAACAGAGGAAGCAGCUCGCUAAAUUGGUGUUAGACUGGGAUUCGGUCAGAGCCAGGUGGAACCAAGCUCACAAAUCUUCAGGAACCAACUUCCAGGGGCUUCCUUCAAAAAUAGAUACCCUAAAGGAAGAGAUGGAUGAAGCUGGAAAUAAAGUGGAGCAGUGCAAGGACCAGCUUGCAGCGGACAUGUACAACUUUAUGGCCAAAGAAGGGGAGUAUGGCAAAUUCUUCAUUACGUUAUUAGAAGCCCAAGCAGAUUACCAUAGAAAAGCAUUAGCAGUCUUAGAAAAGGCCCUUCCCGAAAUGCGAGCCCAUCAAGAUAAGUGGGCGGAAAAGCCAGCCUUUGGGACUCCUUUGCAAGAGCACCUGAAGCGGAGCGGGCGUGAGAUCGCAUUGCCCAUCGAGGCCUGUGUCAUGCUGCUUCUGGAGACAGGCAUGAAGGAGGAGGGCCUUUUCCGAAUUGGAGCUGGGGCCUCCAAGUUAAAGAAACUGAAAGCUGCUUUAGACUGCUCCACUUCUCAUCUGGAUGAGUUCUACUCAGACCCCCACGCUGUAGCAGGUGCUUUAAAGUCCUAUUUACGGGAAUUACCUGAACCUUUGAUGACCUUCAGUCUGUAUGAAGAAUGGACCCAAGUGGCAAGUGUGCAGGAUCAAGACAAAAAACUUCAAGAUUUAUGGAGAACAUGUCAGAAGUUGCCACCACAAAAUUUUGUUAACUUCAGGUAUUUAAUCAAGUUCCUUGCAAAGCUUGCCCAGACCAGCGACAUUAAUAAAAUGACUCCCAGCAACAUUGCAAUUGUGUUAGGCCCUAACUUACUAUGGGCCAAAAACGAAGGGUCGCUAGCUGAAAUGGCAGCGGCCACAUCUGUCCACGUGGUUGCGGUCAUUGAGCCCAUCAUUCAGCACGCCGACUGGUUCUUCCCUGAAGAGGUGGAAUUUAACGUCUCAGAAGCAUUCGUGCCUCUCGUCACCCCAAAUUCCAAUCACUCAUCUCACACUGGAAAUGACUCUGACUCAGGGACCCUCGAGAGGAAACGACCUGCCAGCAUGGCAAUAAUGGAAGGGGACUUGGUGAAGAAGGAGAGCUUUGGUGUGAAGCUUAUGGACUUCCAGGCCCACCGGCGAGGUGGCACUCUAAAUAGAAAGCACAUAGCCCCAGCUUUCCAGCCGCCACUCCCACCCACAGAUGGCGGCACCUUGGCUCCUGCGGGCCCAGAGCCCCCUCCCCAGAGCUCUAGGGCUGAAAGCAGCACAGGGGGUGGGGCUGUCCCCUCCUCUGCGGGCAUACUGGAGCAGGGGCCAAGCCUGGGCGACAGUCCGCCGAAACCCAAGGACUCUGCCCCUGCCCCCGCACCCACCCCGGGGAGAAGCAACAGUCAGAUGGCCGCUGGCCCGAACCAGGCCCAGGCAGCGGCUGGCUCCCAUCAGCUCUCAGUCGGCCCAGGGCACAAUUCCGCCGGCCCCAGCCCGCACACUCUGCGCCGAGGAAUCUGGCAGGCCAAGCCCUCCCUCCGUUUCGAAAGCACCACAGCCUCCGUAGUAGCCAAGCUUUAUGGGUCCGCAACCCUCAAGAUGGUGGUCAGGGCUUUCUGGGUCCUGACACUGACAUGUGAUCCAAAUCGUCCCCACCUAUACCCCUGCAAGCCCUCCACCCGGCAGUUAGGGGGACUGUUUGAAAACACAGCGGAUUGUGUCAUCUCUCAGUUGAAAGGCUCCAGCGGCUUCUGUGCCGCGCCGCCCCCGGGGCACACCAAACCCGGCGGCGGCCAGGGCCCGACCGCCCCCACGGCACCGGCCGGCGAGCAGGGACUGGAGCAGCCACCUCACACCCCUCCCCAGACUCCGACGCCCCCCAGUACUCCGCCUUUAGGAAAACAGAACCCCGGCCCGCCCGCUUCUCAGACCGCGGCGGGGACUAACCCUGAGACUGCGCAGCCACACGCCGGAACCUUACCGAGACCGAGACCAGUACCAAAGCCCAGGAACCGGCCCAGCAUGCCUCCGCCCCCACAUCCCCCUGGCGCCCACUCCGCAGGGGACGGCACCCUCAGCAACGCAGCUGCCACUGCCUCCAAAAUAGUAACGGACACCAGUUCUAGAGUUUCAGAACCGCUUCGCAGCACCUUUCCUGACACGCAUUCAGACUCCGCAAGCAGAGACGUGCCCGGGCGCAUUCUGUUGGACAUAGACAACGACACGGAAAGCACCGCCCUGUGA